UGUAUCAUAUCAAUUACCAACACAUUCAUACAUUUAUCAAAUCUCGAACUUCACUACUCUUAUUCAUAAAAUGGCAAAAUUGGCAAUGAUCGUUUUCUUUGUUUUUUCUGUUUUGCUCAAUGGAGCUCUAGGUGAGGUUAUCUGCAACGAAUUGCCUAAUGAGAUGUGUUCAUUCUCUGUCUCGUCUGCUGGAAAGCGAUGUUUGUUAGAGACUUCCGCUGUGAUGAACGAUGAGACGGUGAAAUUUGAAUGCAAGAGCUCAGAGGUGGUUGUGGAAAAUCUUGCAAACUGGAUUGAGAGUGAUGAAUGUGUGUCUUCGUGUGGAGUUGAUAGACGUUCUGUUGGGAUUUCGUCUGAUUCACUGAUGGAGCCACGUUUCACUGCCAAGCUUUGCUCAUCAGCUUGCAGCCAGAACUGUGCAAAUAUUGUAGACCUCUACAACAAUCUAGCUCUCGCUGAAGGAGUCGUUUUGGCUGAUCUAUGUAAGGUGCAACAAAGCAUGCCACGACGUGCAAUGAGUCAGCUUCUGAGUUCUGGUUCAGCUGCUGGUCCGAUAUCCGCUGCUCAGGCUCCUCUGUCUGCUGCUCAGGCUUCUCUGUCUGCUGCACAAGGUCCAUCGGCUUCAGUUGCUUGUGCCCCUGCUGACAUAUAAUCAGAAGGCUCACAGCAGUCACUUCAUUUCUGUCUAUUGUUAAAUAUUUUACUUGACACAAACUUUGAUUUGUAGAAGAAUACUUUGUUCCUGUGUUGUGCACAUAGAAAAAUGUUGGGGGAAGGAAGAUUGUUGUAAUAGCAAGUUAUUGAUCACUGUAAAAUUAUCUGCAUUUGAGAUGGUUUACUAAUACCCAGUUUUAAAGUCUGUUAUCUUCUCCCAUUAUAAA